CGGAAUAAUCGUAAGGCGACACAGAACGUGGGCGAAGAGCGGGUGAACAUGUGAGGGACGGCUGGUUGUUUUUGACUCGCUUAAUUAUUUAGCGUCUCAAACUAGGUAGGAAGGCGCGUUCGGUGAAGCCAUGUAAACACCAUAGAUGACGACGCGCCCAAGUGCCCUACCACUAUAGGUCACGACUUGAUUUGUUCAGAACCUAUCAUGAUGAUACCGUGAUGCCAUCUAUUGCUGGACAGCUACCACCGCUCGGCGACGCGCUAGAGUCGUUGCAUAAGGCAUCACAGACUCCUGUAAAGCAGCGGACCGUCAAAGUCUCUGGAGUUGUCGAUGCCAUCUGCCGACACGCGUUUGCCGAUGGCCUUGACGAGGAUGCUUUAGAGACCGUCGUACACAUUGCAGCAAGGAAGACAGAAUUGGAUCAAACAAGUGUGACAACAUUGAUCAAAAAUCUAUACCCUGCGCAGCGAGUAUCCGGCGAUGUCGUUGUCAUCAUUGUAGCCGCACUAGGCCAGGGCCAGGGCAAACCUUCGCCGGGCACUCAGGACAGCCUUGUAAAGUGGCUUGCUUUGGUCCACGAGAUCAUGGAGAACGCCAAUGUCUUAUCGAGGCUAUAUGGCGUCCUUUUUGGGAUGUUGGACAUGAUCAGUAUUAGAACAUCAUUGUGCCAUCUGCUCUCCUUGAUCACUCGGAGGAAGCAUGUGAAACCUUUCAGGAUCCAGCAACUGCUUGAGCUGUCCCGUGGACUUGGUAACGAACCUGCCCUUCAAGGUCUCCUCCGCGUUUACAAAGACUACUACCCGGAUGUCAUCCUCGGAAGCGCUUCCACGAGCCGAAAGUCGUUUGCACCGACUCCUGAUGCAGAGUGGCGAGAGAGGGUGCGUGCGAUUCAGGAAACUCGCACAGCGGCGGACAACCCCACAUCCAAACAACACAACGGCUUCAAGGUCCUGCGGCACGGACCGAAGAGGACUAAGGCAUCGGUGCUGCCUGAUGUCCACACUUAUCAUGCUAUUGAGAGCUCCGUGACACUGGAGGGUAUUGACACGGUGGAAUCUUUCGUAGAGAUGCUUGACAGGAUCGAGCCACCUGGGCAACUGGUCUCUUUUCUGACCGACCCACUUCUGCAGAAGUACGUCGAUUUGAGGCCGUCGCCGGUGGUCUCUGCACGAAUAAGCCUGUGGCUUGCGACAUGCCUGGAAGAUCAGAUCGCUUCUACUGCGCUGAAUGCGGAAGACCCUGCCUUGUUGACUGAAUUGCUUGAUGGUCUUUUACAGCAUGCGCGAUACACCAAGACUCUUCUGCCUAUCGUGCCAGCUUUCCUGAGGGAGUACCUCGCUACUUGGAAUGGCAAUGGAAAUAUCGAGGCUGUGCUAGGUCUACUUGCCUACAUUCCUGGAUCUUCCUUCGAAGACGUCUAUUCCGAAUUCCUUGCUCCAGCAGAGCGCGCGCUACUCAGCAAUGGUAUUUCAUCGUAUACGUGUCUGGCCGGAUUCUACACAGAUAUGCUACAACAUCGUGUAGCUAUACUUGCUCAAGAACAGCCUGAGCGUCGCCAGCCUGCACUCAGCUCGCCGGAACAGCAAUUUCUGAAGGACUCGGUCUCGCACUUUGCGACAUUCUCGACAUCAAUGCUCUUGUCGCCGCCCUCAAGUAUAGGAGCUGAGGUAAUUUCUUCGAUUCUCGCCUACUGGGAGUUGCUUUCCACGUCCUCCAAGCCAAACGUCAUUCCCAUCUUACUCCCACCGAUGCACCUUGUUUAUUAUCUGAUGCAGAGUUCGUCAGCCGAUGUGGUAUCUCGCACUUGUGGCAUCAUUGGAAGUUACAAACAAGCUUUCGACGCGCAUCCCAGGCCGGUCAAGCACUACUACCCUAGCGAGGUCACAGAUGGCCUAAACUGGUGCCUGCGAGAUGUCUACAACUUCUUCUGGGUCGCUCGUGGCCUGGCAGUCGCCGAACAAAAGUCCGUUGGCAUGCAUUGCCAUUCAGUCCUACGCUCGUCACUUGACGCACAUCUGAAAAGACUGGAUCGAAAUUAUGCCAUCAGCCACGUGUUCAACCUAUCUCAUAACGCGUGGCUUGCGUCAAUGUCAUCUGCAGCGUGGCAUGCUCUUGAAGAAGAGGAGAUUGAUCGCCAAGGUCACAAUCGAGCCACUAUCAAAGCACGUAAUGGCCCGGUCACCCAGCAAAGCCUGGCAAGCUUGAAAAACGGAGGCAUCAGCGUGGACUGGGAUGGCGCAGAUGGAUACAAAGUAUUUGUACUCAACUGGCUGGCGGAGAGAGGCCUAGGAGGACUAAGAGCGCUGAUGUUUGCUACCGUCACCGACUUGAAGACAGGUCACGGUACCUCGUAGCGCAAUCACUGCUAGAGCAGGCAAACAGACGAUGAACGCACAAUACCCUAUACUUUCGUGAACACUAUGAUCGUCACUUCCUCGUCAGCCUUCAGCCUCGCAUACUCGGCAACGUUCCACGGCAAGUCGGAAGAGAGACUCAACAGCGAUAUUGGAGUCGCGUGCAACGCGUAUCAUCAGCCACAAGAAGCAGGAUAUUUUUGGUGUUGACCGUGGCCUUGUGGCUGAGCAACGUCAUGUAACGUCUCGGUCCUAUCCGAAAGCGCCGAAGAUGCCGACUUACCCUCUCAACUCUUCACACGACAUCAUCAACAUCGAUGUGACCAAAUUUGGCUGGCGCAAACUUGCUCACAGUAGAAAUACCCGAAAAGAAGACUCACGAUCAAGCUCACCGAAGAUUGAC